AUGGAAUCAAAGGCUUUGCGUAUGUCUAGAAAAACAACACAAUUUAUUUUUCUCAUUUCGUCCGUAUUAUUUAGCCAAUCAUCACAAAUUUGUAUAAUAGCCGAUAAGCUAGUCUGAGAGUGCUUAGGGCGAAAUCCAGAUUGAUAUUUGGAAAGAAGAGAACGCGCAUGCAUGGUGUUUACUCAAGUAACUAUAUAUAUACACUAGACGGAAGACAACACUGUCCUUUCGUGCUUGCAAUUUGCGGGUUCUAGUAGUGUAUAUUACAAUACUAUUUUGAAGCCAAAGCAAGUUCUAUGCCUCGAGUAUUUAUAUCUCAAACAUGAAGUGCUUUGUGUUCUACCUACUGGCUAUGGAAAGUCUCUAGUUUUUCAUCUUCCUCCUGCGUUGAUGUUUGCGAAGGCGAUAUUAGAAGAGUAUGGAUAUGUCUAUGGCAACAACUAUUGUCUGAUAAGCAAUCUGAUUGCUCGUCUGUGCUCAAGUGGUAUUCGAGCCUCUGUUCUUGGUGUGAGAAACGUAGUUGAUGAAGACACGGAAAACUCGUUUGACUGUGAUUUUCGUCUUUGCGAGAAAGGAAAACUACACAGUGGUUACUAUCACAUCGUCUUCUCGCAGCCAGAGUCGUUCAUUUCUUGCAAAUACGGACGAGAGGUACUGAAGAACAAGACAUAUCAGGGUAAUAUAUGCGCAAUUGUAGUCGACGAAGCUCACUGUAUAUUAGAAUGGUAAGUAAGUCUGAAUUUUUUUUUAAGUUUUAUUUUGUCGAUUGUAUUCUAAAAAAUACAUUAUGUCAUCAAAGUUCAUUUAUGAAAUGUGAUGUGGUAUAUCCAUUAAUUUAUAUGCCUUUGGUUUUGUUUAUUUAUAGGAGUAGUGAUUUCAGAACUGAUUACAGUAAGCUGGGAGUUCUACAAUGUAGCGGUAUGUGCCAUAUUUCCUGAAGUACCGAUACUUGCCAUAUCAGCAACUGAAAACCUGCAAGACCAAGAGUACAUCAAGGACUCACUGUGCUUACAAAGCUGUGGGAACGUUGUUAGAAAUCCUGACAGAACGAACAUUUAUUAUGAAAAAUUUUUUCGUCGUGGGCAAGAAAUCGAUUCAGUGGAAAGUAUUCUUUAUCCAAUUGGUAAAGGUUUGUUGAAAGAUAGAACUGAUUAUCCACUGACAGUCAUUUUAUAUUCUCCUGAGAUGGUGUGGAUAUGCAUACAAACUGUUUGAAUCUUUUUCGGGUAUUAAACAAUAUUACCCAGACGGUGCACUAGAAAUUCCUGAGAACAGGCUAUUUGCACAGUUUCAUGCCUCCCAAACCAAACAGAUACGACAACUGUGUUAGAGUUAUCUUUGCUACUGUUGCCAUGGGAAUGGUGUAGACAUACCGUCCAUUUGCAAUGUGAUUCAAAUUGGUCCACCAUGCAGUGUCAGGGCCUAUUUGCAGGAGACUGAGAGAGCUGGAAGGGUUGGCAAACCUGCACGGGCCAUUUUGCAUUAUAACAAUCGAGAUAUAGCAAAGAACAGGGCUGAAAUGCAAGAAGAUAUGAGAACUUUUUGUAAAAGUAUUGACACUUGUCUGAGAUUGCUGUUGCUUAAGUCACUUGACCAUGAGAAAACCAUGGUUGACCUACCACACCUCUGCUGCAACAUAUGUGCAAAACUAAUGUGAGUGCCCACAAUGUUUGUAUGACCUUACGCAGAAUCUGUAAAAUAGAGUGAAAAAUACUAGGAUGCUGCACAAUUUUCUCUAUUUAUAUUAUUACUGUUUCAUACUUCAGGAGACAAAGUUGUACAUACAUGUAAAUAUACUUAAUUUGUUUUCAGUGCAAUACCUAUACAAUCAACUUUUUUCCACACAUAUGUUGUUGUUGUUUUGUUCAAAAUGGAUACCACUUAUUUAUUGACAGUUAACAACUAGAUCUAGUUGUUAGUUGUUACUAAUUACAAUGUUUUGAUUCAAUGUUUUAGCUUUAUUUUAUUUUAUUUUAUUGCCAAUGCUGACUAUAUAAAGUAGAGUAUUGAAUCAACACAUGUCUUUUUUCAGAGUUAGUGUUGCACUGAGUAUUUUAUUCACAGUGGUUCCCACAAGCACCUUUUUGUAAACUGAAAAUUAUAACUACAUUCAAUAGCUUUCAGUCAUAUGAUUAAUAGACACUACCCAAAUUUGCUCUCUGCCAAGGAAAACUACCCUGCUGACAAUAGAGAACAUUGUCCGCCUCGGUUUCAAGUUGAUGUUUUGUGUGCACUCAAGCAAAUUCCGGAACAAGUGUCUGUUAUUUAUGGGUAAUAAAUGAACAAAUAAGUGUUACAGUAAAGACCUGCAGGUUAAAGAACCUAGAUUUUUAAAACCCGAGGCUAAACAUUAUCUUAGCCCAUUAGAGUGUAAGGCUCUCUCUUUGAUGAGUAAAAUUUGUGUUAUACAGAGUUGAAAGAAUAAAGUAGGGCACAUUGAUGCCAAGACACAUUUGCAUUUGGUUAAUCAGACACAUGGGCAGAUAGGCUAGUUAACCCAUGAAGCGGCAGCACUCUCCCCUUGCCGAGUAAAUUGUUUGGUGUUAUACAGAGUAAAAUAAUCUGGCGAAAGACAGAGUAGGCGCAAUGUGCUGCUUAAUAUAUUUUGGAGUUAUUAUUGAUAUUGCAAUUCAGGCUAAUCAUGUUUUUAUAUAGGUUCUUCGUUAAGUGUAUUAUAUUUUACAUUGCAAAAGAUUAUAUAUAAUAGAAGUUUAUUUUCCUACUCAGAUCUUAUUCAGUACCAAAUUUUAACUGUAAUUAUGUACAAUAAUAUUUGAACCAAUUAUAUAUCAAACCAAUAAAUUUGGCGAAUGUGAGGUAAAUGGGAAGUUCUGAACUUAAAAAUUAAUUCCUGUUUGACACGAUUUAGUCUAUAUAUGUGAAAAUGUUCUGCCAAAUAUUGUGGUUUUCCUCCAUGCAGUAACUCUGGGUUUCCUCACACAGGAGGGGUUUCAGUCUUAAUCGGGGUUUCCCUCACAUUGUAACCAUGGUUCAUGAUAGUGAGUUGCAAAAUAAGGUGGCAGCAUGUUGUAAUCGUGCCUUGGAAAGCCUAAACACUCACUCAGUCACGCCACAGAAUAAAGGCACACAGAAGAUUCUCUCAGCCAAAAUAACAUAACCGCUGUCACGCCAUGAUUCGUCAUUAAAAUGCUGACGCCAUGUUUCUAGCCAGUGCGCUUAUGAGAGCUAGGCACCACCCUUCCCUGGAUGCCUGCUAUUUUGAAAAUUAUCAGGGGCGUAAAUGCCUCUCAUAAGUGCGCUGGAUAGAACCAUCGCAUCAGCAUUUUGAUGACUAAUUACGUUACGCCAAUAUCCUAGGAAAAACCAAGAAGUCAGGCUUCUGUAUAGUCUCUAUUCUGUGGUCACACUGAGCCGUGUUCUUUGACUCUGCUAAUUCAGAUAGGAUAAUAAACACAUAUAUCCCUUAAUUAUUAAUACUUACUUUCUAAAAUGUUGUUGAUACAUACUUGGUUUGGUAGAUAACACAACCUCAUAGUUCCACAUUAAAGUGAGAAUACUGUAUACGGUGCAGUAGUCUGUUUGUCCAUAUGUUUGGCAUUGUCAAAUAAUGUGCUGAUGUACUAUAAAUGUCACAUACAUUUUUAAUUAGUACCCAUUGUCCUAUACUGCAGUUAGCCAUCAGUUUCCGAACUUCUAUCCUCUUCUGGAUCAUCUUCAGACACAGCAAAUUGUUGCCAUAAAUAUUUUCCACGUUAUUUAAUACAGUUUGAUUAGAAGACUUAAACAAAUCUUAACAACGAUUUUUGUCAACAACAGCUUUACAAAGACGACAAGAGGAACCAUAUACUUCUGCAGUGAUGUUUUGAAGUAGCGCUUUUUCGGUGUUUCUCUUGCGACCAUCAGCGACAGAAUAAAAACAUAUUUUGUGGUAUUUGACCUGAGCACAUGUGGCCAUGUUGUAAUCCGUUAUUUACCAUGUAUGUUUUUUCCAUCUCAGAACGCCACGAAACGUUAUCUUUUGCACGAAAAUCAAAACAAUAUUUGUUUAUAUUUCCCCAAAUAUGUGAAAUUUACAAACCCGCUCCUCAACCAUCCCUCCCUCAGUAUAAUUUAAUUUACCUCCCAGAAUCUGGGAGGUCAGGUGACCAGCCUUUACAAGGGUCUCCGUCCCGCCGCGGGUGUGGAGACCCUUGCUUGCGAGGUUAGUUUUUCGGAGACUUUGCCAAUUAUAGGCAAAAUAAAAAUUGGUCUGUAACUCUCACAUUCUGUUUUAUCUUCAGAUUUUUAAAUCAGCGUUACGCUGGACCUUUUCCAUUCAUCUACAUAAACAGGGGGGUCAUUAUGCUUGUCAGCGGCUAGCUUUAAUUAACAUUAUCGCCGAUAGUUUAUCUAGCCCUGUCGAUUCAUUUGCUUUUAGAUUCUUCAAUGCAGAAAGAACACUUUGUAUAUACAUGGAUGCAUCAAACUUUGAAUCUUAGUCUAUAGUGUUUCUUAUCAAGAACGAGUUGUCAUUUGAGUGGCUGUCAUAAUUCAUCUCAUCCUCGGAGGAAGAAUCUGUAACAAAUCGCAUGUGGUUCAAAAAUUAUGAAAUAAUUAUAACGAUUUAUCGAGUCUGCAAUACGCGCGUUUUGAGUCAGUUAUACGACGUUAUCAUUCACCUGAAACUCGUUAAUAUGAGUGGUUUUAUUUUUCUUAUCCAGCAACGUUACCUUCUUACCUUGCGAUAUUACCGGAAAACCUACGUUAUGUUUGGACAGCGACUCGAGACUGCAAUUACAAAUAGAUCGUAAAACAAUCCACGUUUUCGUACUUAUUCUACUCGCCGGUGAUGUAGCUACAAAUCCAGGUCCUUGUUCUUCUACCCAAGAUAGGACAAAACUGAGUUGUUUACGAAUCAUGUAUCUCAACGCACGUAGUUUAAAAGUGCUGGUAGAUUCUCCCGACGACGACAACAGUCAAAAUAUUAGCAAGUUGACCAUAUUUCAGAACCUUGUUUACCUAAAUCAGUAUGAUAUAGUAUGUGUUUGUGAAACUUGGCUGAACAACUUAGUUCUACCUUGAUAAUGAAAUCCUACCUGGCUAUACCAUCCACAGAAACGAACUACGCUCAUCUAGAAAAUUGUUAUUGGAAGGAGAACAGAAUGAAUUACUAAUGAUAGAACUUUAUCUAGUAAACUGUACGAAAUUCAUACUAGGAGUUUUCUAUAGACCUCCAAACUCUGACGUGGAUACCCUAAUAGAGCUGAGAAACUCUCUCGAUCGGUUGGAAGAAUCAUGUCAACUUGUUCUGGUAGGUGAUUUCAACUUACCCGAUAUUGAUUGGUUAAUGGACUUUCUUUCCCCACCCCCUCGCAGGCUGGUGUCAAAGAAGAACUUUUUUGUGAUAUUAUUGCAGAAUAUCAGUUCCUUUAUGAAAGUAUUGAUGGUCCGACACAUCUGCGCGGAAAUAAUAUGUAAUGUCCCGGAGCUCAUCACUGAUGUCAACUGUGUGAAUCCAACUGAUCUAUUUCCAUCUGAUCAUUACCUUAUUGAAUUCGACAUCAAACUUUGUUUCCAAAAGGAAAAAGCGGUAGGUAAGACGAACUGUGUAUGACUUUAAAAAGGCAAAUUUCAAUGCUGCUCGUGAUCAUCUCUUGUACGUCCCUCUUCACUUCGGCGUAACUGAUGAGGCUGAUAUUGAUGAAUGCUGGAAAGUUUAAAAAGACUUAUUUCUUGCAGCUAUAGAUCAGUUUGUCCCCAAGAAAACAGUUUUGGAUACCAAGUUACCAACACGCCUCCUUGGAUAGACCGGGAAGUACAGCAUCUGAUCAAUAAGAAGUACACAGCUCUACGUCAAUAUCAACUGACACGAACGGAAGAAAGAAAGCGUAAAUUGCGAAAGUUGAGGCAAGAAACUAAGAACUUGAUUAAGUUAAAGAGACAACGAUAUUUUGGAAAAGUUCAGGAUUCGUUCACAAAAUCACCCAAAUCAUACUGGUCUUACCAUAAACAUAUCCUUUACAACCGAAUUUCUCCAUCUACGAAUACCUAUAACAAUGUAACUGCAACAACACCAAACAAAAAUGCUGAACUUUUUAAUGAAUACUUUGCUUCUGUGUUUCUUCCAAAGUCCACUUCCAAGAAUAUAGACCUAAACAUGACUCCAAAAACUGACCAAGAAAUAUCUCAAACACAGAUUUCGGAGUAUGAAGUGGAACAAUUGGACACAUCAAAAGCUUAUGGCCCUGAUGGAAUACCACCACGUUUGCUUAAAGAAUGUUCAAUAGAAAUCUCACCAAGCCUCUGUAGUUUAUUCUGUUAUUUAUUUAACAAAUCCUUAGCAACAAGAUGUGUUCCCGUUGAGUAGAAACAAGGGAAUGUCAUUCCCAUCCACAAGAAGGACCGUGUUGAGCCUGUGACCAACUACAGACCCAUUUCUCUCGUAUCCAUAGUAUCGAAAGUUCUCGAGAGAAGCGUGUUUAACAGCAUCUACCCAUUUGUUCACGUACUAAUCAACAAUGGUCAACAUGGUUUCCUACAAAAUCGUUCAUGUGUGACACAGCUACUAGGUGUACUACACGACAUUGGUAAAAAUCUUGAUCAAAACAAGCAAACUGAUACGCUAUACCUUGACUUCUCAAAAGCGUUUGACUCGGUUGAUCACGACAUCCUUCUAUAUAAACUACAAAGGCAAGGUGUAAACGGUUCGCUCUUGCGUUGGUUUGAAAGUUAUUUGAAUGACAGGUGGUAGCGAGUUGUUAUCGAGGGCGCUACCUCAACAUGGUCUCCAGUGACGUCAGGUGUACCUCAAGGUAGCAUUCUUGCACCGUUGCUUUUUCUCAUAUUUUUUAACGAUCUUCCAGAUAAUGUUUCGUACGGUACAAACUCAACAUUGUAUGCGGAUGACUCCAAACUUUACAGAGAGGUUACAUCAAUAAGUGAUUGCCAGUCCUUGCAAGACGACCUAACAAAGCUGGAAAAGUGGAACAUUGACUCACGAAUGAAAUUCAACACUGGAAAAUACAGAAGAUGGUAGCAAAGGCAAAUGCUUGGCCUCCUUAAAAGAACCUGUUUGGAAAUUACAAACGUUCGAGUUAGAAGGGCAUUGUUAUUUACGCUGGUAAAAUCGCAGCUAACAUACGGAAGCGAAGUCUGGUGCACUAGCAGCAUCUAUCUAUGCAAAACGAUCGAAGGAGUCCAGAGGAGGGCAACGUUGUGGAUAUUAGGGAAAAAACGUGGCGAGAUGACUUACUUAGAACGUUUAACGGAACUAAAUCUUAUCCCACUGGUAUACGACCGAGAGAAGAAAGACAUAAUUUUACAUUUUAAAUGCAAGAACAACUUCGUAGACUUAGAUAUCUCACAGUAUGUCGAAACUACGGCAAGCAGAACACGUGCAUGCACCUCUUGCCUUUUACGAACCGCAUUAUGUAGAACAAGCACAUUUCAAAACUCGUACUUUGUUAGAAUUGUAAAACUGUGGAACUAUGUAUGUAAAUCUGCUCCUCCCAACUGCUACGACACUCUUUCCAACUUUAAAACAUACCUACACAAGACUUAUCUCCACUUAACAGCCACUGUUUACACUCCUGACGAACCUAUCUCGCACUCUUUGAUCACGACCAACUGACAUCUUCCACUCCUCCAUGUAUCUAUUUCUACCUCUUCUCUCUUUUCAUCUACUGUGCUUCUAACCUUCCACUUCUCUUUUCUAUUUCAUAUAUUUUGUAAUUUUGCUGUUCUGUAAUAUUUAGUGGUGAGCACCCUGCAUGGGACAUGGUCUCGUUUGUGCUUCGCCUCUUUUGGCACCUGUUUGUUUGAUGUUGUCCAUACGUUUCUCAAAUGUAAUAGUCUAUGUGUAUUAUUCAUGUGUCAAAAUAAAGCUUAAAUAAUAAUAAAGACCAGGAUUAUUUAUGUCUUUGGUAUAUGUACAGUCCCGAAUUGUGUCAGUAUAAUAUUCGGAUUUGACUUUAUACGCAUAUAAAAAUAUUAACCAUUUCAUAGGUUUUUAUAGUUUCUCCAAUUAUACUUGACACAUGUUUACUCGUAUGAUUGCCAUUUGUUAGUAUCAUAACUGGAGACGCUUGGCUGAUCUCGCCUCUCUAUAUUCUCUUUAGCUGUCGUAACUUACAUUCUGAAGAGUUGUUAUAAAAUAACAUGUAUAUGACGCGUGCUCUGAUUGGUCGAAACCCGUGUUUGGAUCAGGCCAUCCAAACACGAAAAUUUAAAGUGAAAUUUUAGCACGGAAAGUUGUUAUUUUAUAAAACAAUUACUUUAUGGUUUCCGUGUUUGGAUGGCCUGAUCCAAACACUUGGGAAUGUUGCUCGAGUUAAGAAAAGCGCGCAAAAUCACUCGUCUUCGGCUCGUGUUUCGCGCGCUUUUCUUAACUCUCGCAACAUUCCGGCCCGCGUGUUUGGAUCAGGCCAUCCAAACACGGAAACCAUAAAGUAAUUGUAUAUUCUAACUAUUAGGAUUUGUAACUGUUUCACUGAAUUCUAGUGUAGAGGCAUGCGAGGAAUUUUUUUCAAAAACUAGUUCUUAUACAUUUAUGGGGCCAUCACAUGUACAGUAGAUUGGUGUUUGAUGGUAACGUAUGUGUGUGUGUCUAACAAUAUAUCACAAUCAUUCAACGUGCGAUUUUGCAGCUCGACUUGGCCAUUACAGGAAGGGUAAUUUUUUUUCGUACGCGUUUUAGUUAUACAUGGCCAUGAUCAUACAAAUCUCGUGCAUCAGGGUUAUUUAAAGUUUGACCCUUGAUCCGACUGAUGGAGUUUCUUAAUUGUGACUGGUACAAAUAUAUAUUACCUGGGGAUAUCUAUUUCAUCUGCACGACGCCAAGCAAAUAAAAAGCUAUGAAAAUUUUCCUUUUACGAAGACGUAAAUCAAUCAGCCAUUUCUUUGUUUUGUUAAUUUUUACCCUUGUUCUGUUAAUUUUAUUGUUAGGUUUACCAAUAUAACAAGACAAUUUUCAACUUAACAUAUGGAAUGAGCUAUUAUCUAAGAGUAAGUAUCAUUCUUACGAUGUUAUCACAUGCGCCUGCAAUCCUAUUCGAACCCAGAAUUGUGUACUUUAUGUUAGAUUCACAUGUGGCCUCUUGCAUGCAACGUUCAGUUAAUUUAUUUUUUAUUUUAAUUUUCUUCCCGCUCAACCGAAUAUAAUUGAACAUUUAUUAUCCAAUAAACUCUGAUCUAAUACACGUAAUACAUACUUUUAUGAGAAAAGCACGAGUACAACACGCAUUGUAAUGUUCCUACAAUAAAUAAAAAACAACAACAAUUAACUGAAUGAUAGUGAAUAACAGUAAAUUCACCAGAUGAAGCUAAACACGAUCUAAUACUAUUACGUAACUUAUUUGCAUGUAAAACACGUUCUACAAUAGGGUUGCAUAUUCUAUUUAGCUUAAUUUUUAGAUAAAUGUACGGUGGUCCACAAGUGCCACACAAAACUUUAUUUUAUACGACUAAACUUUCAUUCAUUGCGACAAGUCUUUCUUUUGAAGCGACCAAACUUUCUUUUGAAUUGAAGCAAUCAAACUUUCUUUUGAACAGACCAAACUUUCUUUUGAAGCGAUCACACUUUCUUUUGUAGUGACUAAACUUUCUUUUGAAGUGACAAAACUUUCUUUUAUAGUGACCACACUUUCUUUCGAAGCGAUAAAACUUUCUUUUGAUAGUAGCUGCCAUUAUUUGACAUACUUUGUGUACUAACCAAUAAAACAGAAUUAAAAUGGCUGACGAACAGUUUGAUGUUUUUGAUGAAGAGCAUGAAAAAUAGAAAACGACUACGAAGAAUUAAUCUGCUACUACUUUUAUAAAGGUUUUACUUACGAAGAAAUUCGUAAGAUUCUCUAUCAAUAUCACAAUAAAGAAAUGAGUCCUAAUAAAAAGACUCGGGUUACGACGACAUAAUGCUGAAUAUGAUAUUGCUUUAGUAAGAAAUGGAAUUAUGUCACUAUUGGAGGGUCCAGAUUGUUCACGUGGGUACUGCUUGAUCUGGCAUGCCCUCCAAAUGAAUGGAAUGAGAGUACCAAGAUUGGUCGUGGAAAUGUUUCUCCUUGAAAUUGACCCGAAAGAGUAUCAGAGAGAAGAAUACAUCGAUUGAAAAGAAGAAUAUAUUAUAAUCCUUGGCCAAAUUACGCCUGGCAUUGUGACGGUUACGACAAGUUAAACCGUUCGGCUUUCCUAUUCAUGGGUACAUUGAUGACUGGAGCCGAAAAAUCAUAUGACUGUAUGGCACCCGUUCAAAUAACCUUCCAAGUAACAUUGGCAGAUAUUAUCUUGAAGCAGCAGCUGCAUGCAAUUGUUGUCCAAUUGAUCUUGUGAGAAAUUUAGGGACAGAAAAUGGUAUUAUGGCAGGCAUACAUUCUUUUUUUCGUAAUGAUCCUAAUAAUCAUCCAUAUGUGCCUUCUCCAUGCAAUCAGCGCAUUGAAGGCUGGUGGUCAUUUCUCCAUAAGAACCACACGUCAUGGUGGAUAAAUUUCUUUAAUGACUUAAUUACGGCAGCUAUUGUAAAUUUGGCACAACCACUAGAGAAAGAAUGUCUCUAGUUUUCAUUCGCAGGAUUGUUAUAGAAACAUCUCAAUGAAACAUGUGAGCACUGGAAUACCCACAACAGUCGAAAAUCCCAUAAUGACACAGUUUACAUCUGCAUAUGGGGGUAUGCCAAACCUUUUAUUACCAUUACCUGAAGAUCAUAUGAACUAUGCUAGUCAACAUGUGGUACGGUGGAAGCGCAAGAAGAGAAUUACUACCAAGAAUACUUCAAUUAUGUCAUGGAGAACACCCAAAGAGAAUUUCCUUCUAACUGGUAGCAAGCAUUAUUGACGAACUACGAACUAUUGAUAAAUUAUGCUAGAAAUGGACAACAGGUCUAGAACUUGAACGUGCGGUCAUUUCAUUCUGAAAACUAAUGGAAUUGCUGUUGUCAUAAUGGUCGAGGUUAAAAGUAGAAUUGUAAAUAUAUAUUGAUUGUAUUGACAGGUAAAUUGUCGAAAGUGUAUAUAACUGGUAAUAUUAACCCUAUUUUAUUAUUUUACUCUGUCUAAAGCCAGGCAAUUUUACUUGUUAAGGAAAAUGCUGCUGCUCAAUGAGUUGACCUACAAUUAAUGACAAUGUUCCUUAAGCUCUAUUGCACCCUGAUGCACUCUACCUUCUACAUUUUAGUUUUCUAAAUAUGUCUCAGGUAAGAACAUGCACCAUGUACUAAGCCUAAGGCCAUCAAAACCUAUAUCAUUUGGGCACAAGGCAACUACAGCUGAAAUCCUCUGUGGCUUUUCCCCCGUUAGAUCGAGAUAAUUCACUUGUUGCCUCAAAGUCAAAACCCUCAACCUCGGAGCGCGAUGGAUUUACACACAAUAUGUAAUUCGUAUUUCUGAAGCUCCGAGUUGCGGUUGUUACGUCCCACAAGCCGUUUUGCUAUUGCCUAAAAAGCGAUUUCUAUAAUUUACGAAUUCCCAUAACUUUCACCUAUUUGGCUAAACUCUAUCGUUUAAUUUGGCAAAUUCCUGCCCGUUACAAACUACAAAAAUGUUUUGAAUUCUUCGUUGCUCUUCAUAUGGGCAACAGGAAGAGUGAGAUCCUUGUCACAAGCUCCAACCAAACGGAAGCAUAUCGUAUGGGAAGGAUUUCUCUGAAGGCACUCGUGGUCAAAAUGGACAGUAAUCGUAGGUUGUUUUUCCAACAUAUCCUUGUGCUUUUGUCCAGUUAACCAACCCAUAAUGCCAGCAACUGAUAGAUCGGCUUCCUCCAAAACUUCCUCUGCUGUACCACCAGUGCUUUGAUAUGCUUCCCCGUCAAUACCAUCAUCAUCACCUUCUCUCCAAGCUAUAGGAGCUGCUUUAGUGGUAACUGCUUGGACCGUCAAGAACAACACGUUCUUCCUUUGUUAGCUCUUCAUCACUUAUAUUUAACACGUCAAGUUCUUUCUGCAGAGCGUCAGUUGAUUCUGAGUUGAUCUCAUUUAAAUUAUGACCGUCCCACUCUUCUUGAAUUAAUUGAGCCAGUUGCAUGUCACUUCCAAUUUUUUGCAUUUCGUCAGUGGUGAUAUCUGAAUGUCCAUCGUCAUAAACGUGAUGGCUAGUUUCUCCUUCACAGCAAUCUUGAUCUGAGCUUUCGUCACAGCCUGUUUUAUUUCGCAACUCUUCAGAUAAUUCUAGAUCACUACUGGUACACAAAUACAAUGUUAUUUUUUCGAGAUCGAAGAAAUUUUUAAAUGAUCCAGGCAUAAACUGAGCACAACUUCCAUCUUGAUAAAACUUUUUCAGUCCAAUGUUAAUUGUAACAUCAGGGUGAGGGAUGGUCUUUGCUUUUUUAUUCUUUUUGGUUUGAAAUUCAGAGCUGCAGUUUCUUUAAAAAAAUCAUCCAACGUCAAUACUUUUGGAAACUUUAUUUCACUACUUUCAUGUUUUGGCCUACCGAAUGAACUGGUGCUUGGAGACAGUUUUCUUAGAAUUCCAACUUGGAUGACAAACAUCUACUUUGUCACCUUUGCAGUUCCAGUAUUGAGACUGAAGUUUUAUUUUAGCUGAACAAUCUCCACAAAAUCUGAAAUGAAAACUUUAUUAAGCAAAAAAAGGGGAACAAUUAAUACCAUGCAUUACCAUGUAUAAUGAAGGGGGGGAGGGGGGACCACGUCAUUGGAGAUCAUCUAUGUGGUCAGCCUGUGUGAUAAUUUAUGUUUGUUGUCAUGUAUGGAAAAUGUUGUAAAGUAAAAUGAUUAAAAAAUAAAUCGAUAGUAAACCGAAAACAAUUGCUCAAGCAAGAUUGCUUAAUUAAUUAACCAAGAAUGUAAAUCCCAUGGAAUUCCCAUGGAAUUUAAGGAAACACAAGAAACCAUGUCUACUUGUUAAUCGUUUUGAUUAUUAGCAAAACCUUCCCACCCUCUCAAGGAAAUUCUAAUUUUAGUUAUCUAAUAUCCCUGGAAAUCAAUGACACAUUUCCUGGAAAUGAUACUAAACUAAUAAGGAGUUUUAACUUCUAUGUCUUCCACAUUCCCCCCCCCCCCCCUUCCUGGAAAUCCGAAGGUCCCUCAUGAAUGCAUAUGUGUGCAAAGUGCAUUAUUUCUCACUUUUAAUCUUGUAUUUCUAACUUAUAAACACAGACGUGCAGGACCUAUCUCAAUUGAGGUGUGCGUGUGGGGGGUGGGCGGGGGUGGGUGUGAGGCUGAGGUCUGUAGUUUGCCCAAAGGAGGUCAGUAUCUAAUAAAUAUUUCCGCAUCAUAUUAUAUAGAUCCCCGAAAACCCCCCAGACCCCCUCCUGCACGACUCGUUCAACUAUUUUUAUAAAAGUGCUGGACCUUUAACAUUGUAUUUGAUAGUAGUAUUUUUUAAUCUUGAACUAUCUGUGCCAGUAAGAGUAGCGCCAAAAUUAACAAAGCUUUCGCUGGUAGGGAUGCAAUUAUCUGAAAAUUACAUUGACGUUUCGUGCGUGCCCUUCAUUCAGAUAUUAGACGGUUUUAGAUAACAAGACGCGUAAGUCAAGAGGACGUGGAUGCCGUCAUUUGGCGCCAACUAUCAUCAGCUUCUGGUUUGCGACGUCGUCUUGGACGAUUUCACGACGCGAAAAUACAAUUUUCACGUCCUCUCUAGAACGUAACAGAUUUUUGCUUCUUUUGACUAUGCAUAAUAAAAAUCAUCCUAUUUUGUUUCCCAUGUAUUGCUUAAUGAUACUAGCUAAACUUUUCCAUUGACAAGGUUGUUUUUCUUGUAUUUCGCUAAAUUUUAGACGAGUUGAUUUUCGACAAAUACUUUCGGUCGCCAUAAACAAAUCAACAAAACUGCAAGCAUUGUUAGUAACCACUUCAAUACCGCUAGUAAUCUUCACCAAAACCAAUAUUUUGGAACAAACUAAACUGAAGUUAUAUUAACAACUGCUUAAAAUCAGGAAAACGUGGGAAAAUAGAAAAAUAAAAGUAAUUAAAAGCAGUAAAAACUCAAUCAAUUUUAUUUGAUCUGUCACAACAGUCAACAGUGCAAAAAGUAGGACAAGCAAAAAAACGCUUUCCAGCGCGAAAAACUAUCGUAAACAGUGUUAAAUUUUACCAAUAUAAACACUGAUGCUAUAUUUAUACUGAACAGUUGACAAACUUGAUUGAAUAGGCUACAAUUAGCUCGUAAACAAUACCUGCAGCUGUUGUAUUUAUUCCAAAUGAUGCAACAAAGUUCACUUUUCAAAAUACCAAAACUGAACUUUUUUCUAAAAAAAACGUAUUGAAUGUCCAUAAAACAAUUUGCUAAAAACUAAGGCGUUUAUGAUUAUUAUUUCUAAAGAACAUUUAUCAAAUGCGUGUUUGACUCGAUUUAUUUGUCCCAAGCGAGACAUGCAAGAUGAUACCAGAGACGUCAUACAGUAUGCUCAUUAUACGUCAGAUUUGUAUCCAUGCAGAAUUACGCCAAGGUCUUUAGCCACUGUAGACUGUAGAAUUUCUUUUCCUAGUAGCGAAAGACGAAAGUCCGUAACUUUGGCAGACAUCGUACGACUACCAAACGUACGACUACCAAAGUUUGUUUUUUCCCGGAUUGAAGAGAAAUUGGUUAUCAAACCACCAACUCUGGAUGGAGGUUAAGUCGCUGUUCAUACGUUCUACCGUAUUUUCCUGGUCUUGAAGGUAGAAUGAGAUUAGUAGCUUGGUGUCAUCGACAUAGAGUUGAGGUGAGGGAUUUCUUGGGAUGGUUGGAAGGUCGUUGUAAAUAUAUGUUAAAGAGAAGUGGGCCAUAGAUACUGCCUUGAGGUACACCACAGGAUACUGGUAAUCGAUCAGACAAAGCUGUAUAGAUGCGGACUGCUUGGUAGCGACUGGAUAGAUAACUGCGGAGCCAAAGUAUAACAGAUUCGGAAGCACCAACAUCUUUUAACUUUGCGUAGAGUAUCGCGUGAUUUAUACUAUCGAAGACUUUCGACAUAUCGAGGAACACAACCGUGAAAAGUUUCUUUUUGUCAAUAGCGGAUAAUAUUUCAUCAGUAGUGUGGAUUACGAAGGUUUUGGUUGAGUGUAACUUUUUGUUCCCACUUUGUAUAGACGAAAGGCGAUAUUCCGAUAACAAAUAAGACGUAAACUGAUCGUGGGCGGUUCUUUCACACACUUUAGACAGAAUAGGUAGGAAGGAUAUUGGUCUGUUAUUAUUGGCUACUUGAUGGUCUCCUUCUUUGGGAAUCGCAAUAACUUCGGAUAUUUUCCAUACUGUUGGGAAAUAUGCGUUCUCAAACGUGGCAUUCAUGAUUGAUGUUAGAGAAGGCAGUAUAGCGGGAGGACAAUCCUUAAUAACACGUAGUGGAAUUUGUCAAAUCCCGGAGCCUUGUUAGUUGCCAUAGAAUACAAAUUAACAGUUAAUUAGAUAGUUAACAAAUUAAAGGGAUGAUCAGGUUCCUACAGCGAUACCUGAUCUUACUGAAGCAUUUCAAUUAAAUUGUUUUUCAAUAUUACAUCGUGCCAAAUGUUAUAUGUGAAAUCAUUGGAUUUAAGAAGUGAGAAUUCUAAUUUUGCUACAGAUAUAUGGAUAUCAUGGUCAUCACUGUUUAUCUAAAUACGUGGAAGCAUUAGAUUUCAACGGUAAGUUUAGUUUUUUGCAUCUGAAUAGAUAUUCUAAUGUUCUCUAUUAUGUUCAGGUCUUUAUAAUAUAUUGUUUUGUUUGUGUCAAUCACUUUAUUGCCAAGUAAAUGGUAAGACAUUGCUAGGCAGGGGACUAUUGUAUAAAAAGCUAGCUGAUUAAAGUUAACCAUAGUUAUUGCGAAAGUUAACCAAUCACAUGCAAUCUUAUAUGAGAGUUAACUACUGUUUAACUACAAAACGGGUAGUAGUUAAAUUAAGCAUUUUAUUACCAACGGCCCCAGAGCAGUAGCCCCAAUUGGGUGCAGCUUUUACAAUGAGUGUUGGUUGCGUGUUCGACCAGAAAGGCGAGCUACUAAUAUUAUCGACUGUAUUCGGCUGGUUUGAGAUUGAAAAUUAUAUACCAUACAGAAAGCCAUGUAAAAUAACAAUAAUUAUUUGUUUAUCGGGAAACUGCUUACCAGAUGGUUAUAAUUUACGAGAUGGCUAACAGAUGGUUCCCAAAUGGUUAACAAACUAUUUGCCAGAUGGUUAUUAUAUAUAAAACUUCAUGCAUCACCGCCCAACUGGAAAUGUGUCACCCCUCACCCCACCCACUGUGUCUGAUUUGAGCUCCUUUAGCCGCUCGUAUGGUUACACGGAAUAGAAAAUCGUAGUGAGUGGUGUUAUCCCUAAACCAAAUGAUACAAAAUCAAUACCAACAUAUUCAAUAUUAUACCAUAUAGUCUUGAAACUCUGGGAAUUAUAUGAGGAAACUGAUGUAGGACAGGUUCUGGAGCGAUAGAGGAGUCGAAUAAAGGCGACGACGAAACAAUAUUUAUGUUUACAUUUCAAAAUUCAGCAUGCUUCUGGUAACAAAAACCGUAUCGGUUUUAAAUCAUUAACAUUUGUAUUAAUUUUCAUUAAAUUCGCUGCAUUAUUAAAUGGUAUAAAUAUAGUAGGCGUUAAAGGUAAAUACAAACCAUAUUUUUGUUUUCAAAAUUAAUGAAGAAAUUGAAUGAUGUUGGCAUAAACUUCAUACUUCGACCCAAGAUAACUUUUGCCAACCGUGUCAUUCUGCAUUAAAUUAAUACUUGUUCCUUUUUGUAUAGCUAUACCGCCAUGCGAAAACGCAAACUGCAGCACGAGCAAACCCAAUAGCAUAUGUCAACCAGAUGGUCAUGAAGGAAAACACAAGUGUAUCUGUAAUGAUGAUUUUUUUGAGGAAAACAAUAAAUGCUUAGGUAUGUGCUUGAUAGCCUCCUCCGCAGUUAACUUGUUGGCAAACGGUAGAAUUACAUUAUGAAAUAUUUAUAUGGUUGAUGAGACACAGUAACAGGAGAUUGCAUGGGAUGAGUGAUGUACGUCUCUCUACCAUUAAGUAUUGCGUAGUUAUGCUGUAUUCAGUUAAUCAAGUUGGACGAGGCUAUGUGUGAAUCCAUUACUAACUGGGCAAAGAUACUAGCUCAAUCACUAUAGCUAAGUUCCAUUCCAAGCGUACCGUACUAAAAAGUACGAAACUCAAAUAAAACGUGAAGUACAUGAAGAAACGCUUGGUAUGGGAGUCCACCCGGAAGUAGGUAAAUUUAUCAACCUAUUUACGAUCGACGCAUGCUCACUAGUACGUUUCUGUACGAUUACGCUUGAAGUGAAAAGCGGCCUUUAAUCGCUUGAAAUUGACUAUAUACAUGCAAAAUCAGUGCUGAACCAGACGGAAAUAUAAAUGUUAAUGGAUUUAUUAACAUCAUAUAUAGAUAAAAAGCCAUGUCAAAGAAACCCUUGCAGAGGAGAUCAGAAGUGCACGCCAAUCGUAGCAACAGGAGGACGUAAUUGUACAUGCGAAAAACACUUUAUUGAGAUAAAUGGAACUUGCGAACCAGUAUCACCAG